GUGUUCUCCAUUUGCCUAUUUCAUAUCUCCACAGCCUGAACUGAUUCAUAUUCGAUCCACAUGCGUCGCUCGUGCCCAUAUUGCGCAAACAGAGUUCUACGAUGCUUCGUUCUCGUGCAUUAACAACAGCGUUGAAUAAACUAAGUACUGGUGGGAUUCGAAGUGCGAUGUUAUUCAAUCCUGAAGGGGUAUUACUGGCGUUCAGCAGCCUUACUGACGAGAGUGAGCGGUCCAAAGCAGCGAUUGCUGCUAAUAUUUGGAAUAUUUACCAACACCAUUUAGAGACCAGUGAAGCGUUUUCUCUAGGACUGGCCGGUAUCAUGCAACAAAGUUUGCUCCAUUUGUCAGUUACUAAUCGUGUGCUUCUUACUUACGUUUGUCCAGCUCCUAGGCCGGUUCGCGUGUAUGCUGAUGGUGCCUAUGACAUGUUUCAUUCUGGUCAUGCGCGGCAAUUGAUGCAAGCCAAAUCCGCCUUCCCAAAUACCUACUUGAUUGUCGGUGUAUCCAAUGAUGCAGACCUUCAUCGCUACAAAGGCCGGACUGUGAUGAAUGAGGCCGAGCGUUAUGAAGCUGUCAGGCACUGCCGCUACGUCGACGAAGUGUUACCGGACGCACCGUGGGCAGUCACACCGGGCUUUCUACGCAAACAUAAGAUUGAUUUUGUUGCCCACGACGAUAUUCCCUACGCGUCGGCUGAUUCAAAAGAUAUCUACAAGCCUAUCAAAGACGCAGGCAUGUUCUUGGCGACUCAGCGUACUGAGGGAAUUUCCACAACUGAUGUGAUCGGUAGAAUUGUACGUGAUUACGAUUUAUAUUUGCGAAGAAAUCUCCGACGUGGUCUUUCGCGAAAGGACUUGAAUAUCAGUUUCAUGAAGGCGAGUGUGUCGCUUACGAGCAUGACGUCCGUGUUGCCGGCUCUGUCCAAAGUUGUGAUUGUUGAUCAGGUCUCCAGUGAUGCUGUGGUUCAGCUAUCCAAAAACGGAUUUAUUGUCUUCGAUCUGAAAGAAAGUGGAAUCGCGGAAGAUCGGCUCAUCGAUAUUCUAACUGAGCAUUCAGCUGGGGCACUGGUCGUGCGUUCGGCCACAAAAGUGACAGAGAAUGUGUUGAAAUUGGGGGCGGCUGCUGGUUUGCGUGUGGUAGCUCGUGCCGGUGUUGGUGUGGAUAACAUUGAUGUCCGUGCCGCGGAAAAACAUCACGUUUUGGUGAUUAAUGCACCCGAAGGGAAUACCUUAUCCGCCACAGAGCAUACAUGCUCGCUCAUCUUGUGUCUAGCUCGUCAGUUACAGAACACUAUACUACACAAAGCAGAUGAAUGGCCCACCACCAGAAAAAAAGUAAUCACGUCAUCAUCAAUCGUCCCCAUAACCGAAAUAUCGGGAAAAACGCUUGGAAUUGUUGGACUUGGUCGAAUCGGCUCAGCAGUGGGUAUUAGGAUGCACGCCUUUGGAAUGCGAAUAAUAGGGCACGAUCCGAUUCGGAAAUACAGCAAAAGAAACACGAAGGCUCUUGGUCCUCUGCCCCCUGAAUGGCUCGAUGAUUGGGUGCCUUUGGAGGAAUUGUUGUCAGAAAGUGACUACAUUACACUUCACGUGCCUUUAGUGCCUCAGACGACGGGUUUAAUUGGACCAGAAAUGUUAUCCAUGUGUCGCAAGGGAUUCCGUUUGAUCAACUGCUCCCGAGGGUCUGUUGUUGAUGAGGCGGCUUUGCUUGCUGCUGUAGAAUCUGGCCACUGUGCUGGAGCUGCUCUGGAUGUCUUUACCAGGGAGCCUAUCCAACCAACUGAUCCAAUAAUGGAAAAAUUGUUAUCUCAUCCGUGCAUUAUCGCCACACCUCAUCUGGGUGCUUCUAGUCGUGAAGCCCAAGUUCGUGUGGCUACUGAAGUUUCUGAGGCCUUAACAGCGCUUGCUGGAAGGUCUUCUCUUGGAAACUCUGGUCUGGAAGGUGCUCUUAAUCUCAACAAGUUAGGGAGAGAUUUCUGUGCUUGUUUCGAGGAGUGGACCAAACGGACCGAUGCACCAACUGUGAAGAUGCUGCUAACUCUCCCGUACGCUGUCUAUGUAAUUUUGGAACAACUGAUCCAAAAAGCCACUCCAGAAACAUUGUGCACAAAGGACUCCUCCAUAGCCUAUCGCAUUACUCUGGUGAUUCCUGAGUCAAUUAACCCUCGUUCAUCCUCUGGCCAGCUAUUGACAUGUCUUUUUGCCCAUACCUGUGAAUUUGUUCUCGAGCGAUAUAGUCAUGAAGCCCGUUUGUCACCCGAAAAGUUUGACUUAUUGUCCGCUUUCCUUUGCGAUUUGCCAAACGUCACCGUUAGCACGGAUCAACUGACUGGUGCUGUUGAGGUUUCGUGGAUAGGCCGAAAGAAGAGUGGGCGAACUGUAUGUUCCUGUCUGUUCCUUCACCCUGAAUCCCGUCUGGAUAUGACGGAACAAAUAUUCUUUGGCUUUUCAUCGCCGCUCCCCCUCUGGAUUUUGAAUGUGUCAUUUUCCUAUAUGUGUGAUUGUGGAGAUGUGGCCCAGGCACCAGCCGUGGAGAAGAAGUUGCGGUUGCAAGACAACUUUGAAACAUUCAUGAAACGCGGUUCAACAUUCAUUCAGAAUUUCGACAAUAAGCGUCGGGAACUUGUGGACCAAUUGGAGGAUAUCUCGCAUGAGUUCGUCCUUUCGUUCAUGAGGUUUUUCGGCGCCGAUGGUCGACUGCGAAGUUGGCUCAAUGGCCGUAAGCAUGCUAUCACGGAUCGUGAGGAUGGGACUGUGUCACCCUGUUCUUCGGAAACGGUAGACGACUACGAUUCUGUUGAUCUAGUUACUCGACACGGCAGUGCGGAAUUAGACCCAACCAUAUCACCGUCUGACUUCGAUAACCUCAUUUCGGAAUACCUUGGAAGCCCAACAAGGCCAACCGAACAGCGCGAUUCAUUACCUCGUAAGCGAAGUUUAAGCAAUGAUGCGACCUCUUUACGCCAUUCAGUGGGGUCGAAUGAGCCAUCUCCUAAAGCCAAGCUUCGGCGAACGACGGUCGUCUAUGAAAUGCUUGAGAACUCCAACGGAACAAGCAAGCCCGAACACCAUCACGGAAGAAUAAAUCAAAAACGGAGGUGAUCCAAUGAGGUUGAAUGGACCGCAGCUUUAUUUUUCCAGAUCUCCGUAGCCAACUUUGGUUCCAGUUGAUUUUCAAUCGUACAAACCUUCCCCUUUCUUUCUCCGAUACGAUGCAGCGCUGAUUUUUUGACUGCGAGUGCUCAGCCCCCUCUCCCGAAUCCAGGCGAAUUGAAUGAUUGCCUAACUACAAAUUCCGGUCCAUGGGUAUUUUUGCUUUCCGUAUGAUAUUCGGUGAAUAAUAGACUAUUUUGCCCUGCCCUGUGUUGUCUUGUUAUACCGUUGCAAAGGAGUUUGGCACAUUUUGUCGGCACAUUUUGUGCUCUGCUUCUAAAAAAACCUUUUCGAGUCAAGUGAUUAAGUCAAGCCAACUAUGGGUUGGUUGAGUUUUAAGGCAAAUAGAGA